UUCCCUCAACCAGAAAUCUCCCUCCAGCAAUAAUUAUACCCAAGCUGAUCUUAAGGAUUCCAAAUCUAAGAGAGACAAAGAAGCUCGAGCUUAGAAGGAGAGAUCAAAGCAAUAAUGGGGAAUUGGUUUGCGAGGAUUUACCAGGCGGUGCUCUCAGUUGACCAAGACAGCGAGGAUGUUAAAAGCAGCCUCAUUGCCCCAUCAUCAAGCAGCUUAAGAAUCAAGGUCCGUAUGACAACAACGCAACUAAAGGAGUUGAUGACACAAGCGGAUUUGAGCGAAGGCAACUCGGAGCUUGGUAGCAUGAUCCUCCAAGAAUGCUUAGAUGGCAGGUUUCGUGCUCGUGUUGUCGCUGGAGAUGAAGGUUCGGUAUCAUCCGAAUAUGCAAAGAAUUUAUAUACUAUCAAGGAAGAGUAAAAUGGGUUUGGAAGUAAUCAAAAUAAGGAGAUUGAUAUAACUUUGAAUAUGUUGUGGAAAUUCUGUACUGCUUCUGUAUUUAGUGCACCAAGAGCGCCGAGGUAUGCUGUAGAAAUUAUGUACUACUUCUAUGUAUAUAGUGUAUAAAGCGCGCCGAUGCAUACAAGUUCCAUUUUCUUA